AUUUGCUGUCUGCGUGUUGUCACUUUCCUGAUCUUGAUCCUAAUGCUACUCCUUGAAAAAAAGACGCGGGUCGCACCGUCACUCGUCAGUCGUCGCACGGUUUGUUUACAUUCUGACCCACACACCACCAGGGAGGGGAAUGCAGGUAUUGGAGUUUCCCUCAGUACAUUAAGGAUGUUUACUGCCAGAAUUGUGUGGAGAUGGGGUGCGACUCCACUGUUGGCUCCUUUGCUACCUGUAACAUCUCGUCUUGCAUCCUUCACCCAUGGAAGAGAAAAGCAGUUUUGUUCAGUAGCUAGCACAGAACAGAAUGACACAAGCCUUGUGGAUGUGGAGGCUCGAGUCAAUGUGGUUGUGAAUGAUUUGAGUGUGCGAGGCAUUACUCAGUAUCCAAAGGCACAGGUGAUGUGUCUUUACCAGCUGCUCCUGGAUCUGGAUAUCAAGGCAGAGACCAUUGAAGCUCAGCUGCUGCAGAUGCCACACCUCCUCUGUCAUUCUCACAAGGCCUGGACCAAUACAUGUGAGGUGAUGGUGGAAAAUGGCAUCCCUGGUUUGCGGAUUCUUCAGAGCAUUGCACUUUAUCCUAAAUUCUUGAAGAUCAAGUCGUCUCUCCUCCAAGAUAAACUUUUGCUGUACCGUCAGAUGAAUGUUGGCAAGCUGAAUUGCCUCAGUCUAGUUAUAAAAUAUCCAGUGUUGUUACUCGGUGAGCCAUCACACUUGAAAAAUCGUCUGGAUAGCCUGUAUGCCUUGUUUCCUCCAGCAUCACUUAAAAAUUUGAUACAGAAUAACCCGAAUGUUCUCCUUGAUAGCUGGGAAGACAUCAUGGCCAAAAUUAUGUACAUCCAUGAGGAGAUGGGUCUGGAGCAACCACACAUUGGUGCUGCUAGAUGUCUCAAACAGUCACUCCUACACAUCAAAACAAGACAUCUCUUUCUCCUUCGGGCUGGCCUUUACAAGACACCUGACCUGAAGAAGGACAAGCAGAGCCACCGCAGGAAUCCCUCACUCACUGAUAUCAUAGAUACUUCGGAUAAACGUUUCACCAACAGGAUUGCACGGCUGACAGAGCAGGAGUAUGGGGUGUUCAAGGCAAUGAUGGCUGCAGAGGAGCAAGACAGCAAGGAUUAUGAUUCUGAUGAUGGUGAGGAGGAAGAAUGAGUGCUUAGUUACAAAAAAUACCAGUGAUAAUAUCUCUCUCUCUCUCUCUCUCUCUCUCUCUCUCUCUCUCUCUCUCUCUCUCUCUCUCUCUCUCUCUCUCUCUCUCUCUCUCUCUCUCUCUCUCUCUCACUCAGAAUGUAAUCUCUAACAUUUUGGUCAAAUAUAUGGGAAAGCAGAGUGCAAGACUCUUGUUUAGUGCAAAAAUAUUAAUUGUAUCAAUCAAUCUUUGCAAUAAUCAAAGAUACAUGAUUUUGCACAAAUUCAAAGAAACCAGUUUCAUGAUUAUCAUCUCCCUUUUUUUAGAUAUUCAUAAAGAAUUUUCUUGUAUAUAUGUGUAAAUUUAACGUUUAUGAGGUGUGUGUGCAUAGGGCAUACAUGGUGUGUGUGCCUGUAUGCUGUGUUUGAACCUUCCUUUUAUUGGGGACAUCAGCCUAUCAGCCUUACAUAUAGGUAGGUAUGUAUUUAUGUAUAUAGAGUUUAUAAAAAACAUGUGAUACCUGUA